AUGUCUUUCAACGAUCGGGCGCUGCCCGGCAUGCCGCCCGGCACCGUCUACCUGAAUGAUUUGACGGCCGCCCGCGGAGCCAAGGAGGAAAUCAUUCUGCACCCCGUGCCAUCGACCGACCCAAACGAUCCUCUGAACUGGACCCAGCGGCGCAAAAUUGUCAACUUCGCCUUCGUCUCCUUCUACACCACCCUCGUGUACGCUCUGGUCAACAUCCAAACGGUCACGUGGGGAGAUCUCAACACGCAGCUCGGAUUCAGCUUCGGCAUUCUCAAUGACAGUUACGCUGCGGGCACUGCGGCUCUCAUGGUGGGAGGGGUGAUACUCAUCCCCUUCGCAUUGAAAUAUGGCCGCCGCUUCGUCUACGUUAUCAGCCUGCUGAUUCAGACGGGUAUGGCGGUGUGGUACGGCCGCACGCAUACCGUCGGCGAUUUGAUGGGCAGCAAUGUCAUCAGUUGCGUUGUCGGCGCUCUCUCGGAGAUCAUGGUGCAAAUGACCGUAGCGGAUGUCUUCUUCGUGCAUGAGAGAGGCUUCAUGAACUCCAUUUACUACUGGGUCGCCACUGUCGGAUCGAGCUUGGCGGGUAUCCCGGCGGGUUAUAUCACCUCGAGCUCUCUUGGCUGGCGCUAUGUUUGGUACAUUCUCACGAUCCUUCUCGGCGUCCUCUUCCUGCUGUUCUUCUUCUUCUACGAAGAAACGUACUACCAGCGGCGCAAAGCCGACAUCGUCGACGGCGAAGUGGUUGGCGCGACCUCCGAAGCCAGUAUCCCCGGCAAUGACAACCGGGUCAACGAGAUCGAGAUGACGACGCCGGAGAAGCUGAGCAACGGAGACUCGAAGGACAGGUAUCAUGAGAGCCUGCACAACGUCAACAUGGAGUUGCCACAAGUGCAGACCGUCGCGCACCGCUACGUGGACUACUCGAUUCCGCAGAAGCCAUAUCUGGAAAAGCUCAAGCUUUCGAUCCCCACGCCCGCGCCCUUCUGGUACUACUGCAGGCAUUCGUAUCAAUGCUUCGUGGUGAUGUGGUACAUUCCGUCGGUCGCAUACAUGGCCGUGCUCAACGGCGCCUCGAACACCGCGCAGAUCAUUUGCAUCACCGUUCUCUCCAACUACCUGCUCGACGCCCCCUACAACUUCAGCGAAGCCGAUGUUGGCCUGAUGGGACUGGCUGCGUUUAUUGGAACGGCGACAUGCGCACCGCUCAUUGGGCGUUUGAGCGAUCGGAUGAUCGUCUGGAUGGCGAAGCGCAAUGGCGGCAUCUACGAGCCGGAGAUGCGUCUAUGGCUCAUUCUGCUGUCCGCUCCUUUCUUCGUCCUAGGAAUGCUAUUGUUCGGACUCGGACUAUACCAUAAGCUGCCGUGGCCAGUCAUUGCAGUGGGCUAUGGCAUUGUGAACUUCUCCAUCACUCCAGCAGGCAGCUUGUCUCUCACCUAUCUAACGGAUGCAUACACAGAGAUCAUCGCCGACUGCCUCGUCGGGCUCGUCGUCGUCAAAUUCGGCUUCGCGACCAUCAUCGUCUUCGCGCUGACGCCCUGGAUCAACCUCGACGGCCUGCAGAACAUGUACAUCAUCGUCACCUUGGUCUUCCUUGUCAUAUACGCCGGGAAUUACCUGCUCAUUCGCUACGGCAAGAGGCUGAGAGAGCGGUGCGCGCCGAAAUACUUUCAGCUUGCGGAUCGCCAGAUUCUGAAUGUUCGCUGA